AUGCGCACUUUAUCACGGGUGGCCAUUGUGCUAGUGGUGGUCAUGUUUCUGUGGAAGAUCUAUCUCGAUUUCAUUUCGCAAUGGCAUGUUAGACGUGAUCUACAGAACACCAGGGAAGAUCAUGGCGAUGCGUAUAUCGAGCUGGUCUCGGCGCCUAUUGCCACAUCCACUACACGGAGGAAAUGGACGCCUACGAUCCGGCCCGCCUCUCGUCUAGUGAUGGCCGACUCUGAACCCCAGCGCAUUCCCGUCGAUGUCCCUAGCGCUGAAUGGGAUGUGCAAGAGCCAUUGUUCGAGGCUAUAAGCAGGAACAUGUUAUCCGAUCUGCAGGAACCACAUGAGAAUUUACUCACUCCGGUAGAGCAAGAAGAGCAGAAGGUAGAAUCUUCAUCAACUGCGCUUCCUCGCCCGAAGGUUACUCCGAAGUUGGACCGCAUCAUUGUUUUGGGGAAAAUGUCGUAUGAGGACACCGACUGGCUUGAGGAGCAGCUGCCAGAAUGGCAACACGCGGUCUAUCUUGUCGAUGACCCGGAGGCAUCCCUCUCAGUCAAACAUAACAAAGGCAAAGAGAGCAAUGCUUAUCUGCAAUACAUUCUCGACAACUAUCACAAGUUGCCCGAGUACAUAGUAUUCCUCCAUGCUCAUCAAUAUAGCGGUCACGUCGAGUUCUGGGAGCAGGACAACGUAUUGACGGUCCAAAGACUGCAACUCGACUAUCUCCGGAAAGUUGGAUAUCUCAACCUACGCUGUGACUGGUCUCCUGGAUGCCCCGAUGAGGUUCAGCCAUUCCGGCAAACGGCUGGUCGCACCACCGAGCUUGCCUUUGCGGGGGCUUGGCUCCGCAUUUUCAACAAUACAGAUGUGCCCGAAAUUGUUGCUACGCCUUGUUGUGCUCAGUUUGCUGUGACCAGAGAGCAGGUUCUCCAGCGGCCGCGAAGUGACUACGAGUCGUAUCAUCGGUGGCUGAUGACGACUGAAUUGGAUGACGAGACGAGUGGUCGUGUUUUUGAGUACUUAUGGCACAUUAUCUUCGGCCAGGAUCCUGUGUUUUGUCCUGCAAAAGCGCAAUGUUAUAGGGAUGUAUAUGAUAUGGACUAUGAAGACCCAGUCGAAGGUCUCUUUGGUGAAGACUUCUGGGGAUAUUGGAUGGAUGAGAUACCCUUCAAUUAG